UCCAUCCAUCCCCUAUUUACACCACUUCCAAGCUAGCUCUAGCCUGCAGAUACCAGUGCACACACACAUAGCAGAGCUCAGAGCUAGCUAGACUUACUGGGUAAUUGCCAUGGCUCUGAGGAGCGAGUUGAGUAGAAGAACUCUGGCUUUUUCCAUAACAGCAACAUGUUUAGUGUUCAUCCAUGGCUUCUUCGCGGUUGUAGGGAGCACUGACAGGCUCCUGCAAUCCCCUGAACCAGCAGUGGAAGACAAGAAAGCAGAACGCUUUUUAGUCAGGCUAAUGCACUUCUUGUGGGAUGGACACUCCUCCUAUCAGCCUGUCUGGCCUGAGAUGAAGUUUGGAUGGGAAGUGGUGGUGGGAAGUAUGGUGGGGUUUCUUGGUGCAGCUUUGGGGAGUGUUGGAGGGGUUGGAGGUGGUGGCAUUUUUGUUCCUAUGCUCACUCUCAUCAUCGGUUUCGACCCCAAAUCAUCCACAGCCAUUUCCAAAUGUAUGAUCAUGGGGGCAGCUGGAUCAACAGUGUAUUACAACAUGAGACUUAGGCAUCCUACAUUGGACAUGCCAUUGAUAGACUAUGACUUAGCCCUCCUGUUUCAACCUAUGUUGAUGCUUGGCAUAAGCAUUGGAGUGGCUUUCAAUGUUAUCUUUGCUGAUUGGAUGGUCACUGUCCUGCUCAUCAUUCUCUUCAUAGGUACAUCAACUAAGGCAUUUUUCAAAGGAAUUGAAACCUGGAAGAAAGAAACAGUGAUGAGAAAGGAAGCAGCCCAGCUUUUAGAAUCAGAAUCCAAACCAGGUGAGGGUUCUGGUGGGGACUAUAAAGCACUUCCUAGUAAUCCCAAGUCUAGUCUAAAUGAAGAGGUUUCUAUGAUGAACAACAUUUACUGGAAAGAGUCUGCACUGCUGCUGUUUGUUUGGCUGGCUUUCCUAGCUAUACAGAUUAUAAAGACAUACACUACAACAUGCUCUACCUGGUACUGGAUUGUCAACUUGUUGCAGAUACCCAUUGCAGCUUCUGUUUCUCUGUAUGAAGCAAUAGGCUUGUACAAGGGCACCAGGAUAGUUGCAUCCAGGGGAAAAGAGAUACAGAGUUGGAAGCCACAUCUUCUGUUCUUGUAUUGUGUCUGUGGUAUGGUGGCUGGGAUUGUUGGAGGGUUACUUGGUCUAGGAGGUGGAUUCAUCCUUGGACCCCUUUUUCUAGAACUCGGGAUUCCUCCUCAGGUUGCAAGUGCAACAUCAACCUUCUCGAUGACAUUCUCGUCCUCCAUGUCUGUUGUUCAAUAUUACCUUCUGAAACGUUUCCCAAUACCUUAUGCUUCUUACUUUGUUCUAGUGGCUACAUUUGCUGCCCUUGCUGGCCAGCAUGUGGUGAGAAGGGUCAUAGCCAUUCUUGGGAGGACUUCCAUUAUCAUUUUCAUACUGGCUUUGACCAUUUUUGUCAGUGCAAUAAGUUUAGGUGGUGUAGGAAUAGCAGACAUGAUAGAAAAGCUGGAGAACCAUGACUACAUGGGAUUUGACAACCUCUGCUAUCAUUCCUAGUAUCCUACAUACACUGGAUUUCUCAGAUAUGAUGAUGAGGAGGAGGAUGAGGAUGAAUACAUGUUUAUACUUAAUUGUAUUCAAUUUUAUGUGCAAAGCAAGUCAAGUAUUUGUCAUUUGUUUCAUGAUCAUAUGUGUUGGUUGUGAUAUUUGUGUAUUUCUUAUGCCAAGGAGUGUGAAAUAAUACUCAUACAUGUUAUUCAAUUUUGGUAUAUAUUCUGAGUAAA